AUGUCGGAAAAAACCUCUACGGGGACCAGUAUAGUCCAGACAAUAGCGACUGCAACUUUGCAUGAGCCAUCGUACACUACUGUGACGUCAGUUAGCACCGUGAUAGCCUCGAGCUAUGUUUCAUACAUAAGCGCUGAAAGCGCAUCUUCAAUAUAUCUCUACAUAAAUGUCAGCAAGACAAUAAUUGCAGCAUCCGACUCAUCGUUUAUCGAGCCACCUUUGUUAACGGCAAUUGCCUCUCGUUCAUUAAUGCAAGAGACAGUAGCUAUACCUUCAUCGACUCAGAAAUUCAAUGAUACGUCAGUUUCUCAGUCGUUGGUUCGAGAGACAGUGUCCAUUCCAUCACCAACUCAAUCAUCUAUCGAAACCACUCAUAAAAACACAACGGCAAUUGUCGCAGGUGAUUUGCGGGGGUUUAUCUUUGUGGGUAUGCUUCUCGCAGGUUACUACUUCCUUCGUGGUUAUCAAUUGAGACACCGAAUCGCAACUAAAGCUAGAAAUGACCAAUUAAUACUUCCUGAGAAAGAUGACGGAAAGGAUCCUGUUCAUGAGAUAACAGGAGAGGGAAAACUUGGGUAUCCUCGCCAGGAUAUUGAGGGGAAUAGUCUUUCUGGACUCGAACAAGGAGGUAGCGGAGAGCAUCAGGAGCCAGUUGAGCUUUUAAUUUCUUUCCCUCGCAUCGGUACAAGCAACUGGUUGUGA